CAGGAAGUAAACAUACUACCAUCUCGCUCAUUCCACGUUUUAUGCCUUAUGGAUUCAAUUUGUGGAAUAUUAUCAGUUGUCGGAAUAUUAUCAGUUAAAUCCAGUAAGAGAAGUAGGUGA